UGCACUCUACUCUCUGCUAAUUAUUCGCCUUUAUCGCCUUUCCAAUUCCCUACCUUGCUGUUCUGAACAUCCAUCAUGUCUGCCUGGCCAUCCAUCGCCCCUCCCCGCGCGCCCUCGCCCACAAAGACUAUCCUCGUCAUCGGUGCCACAGGCAAACAAGGCAGCGGGAUGGUCUCCUCCCUCGUAUCCGCCAACAGGCUCGCAAAGCCCCAACAGCCCCUUCCGUACCGUGUGCUCGCGCUCACCCGCACGCCGCACAAGAACGAGGGGAUGAAGCAGCUGCCCGGGGUGGAGGUCGUACAGGGUGACCUGAAUGAUGAGGCGGGGAUGGAGGCGAUCUUUAGUGGGGAGGGGAUGGGAGGGAUCUGGGGAGUGUUUAUGUGCCUCGCUUUUCCUGGACUGGGAAAACCAGCAGACUCAGAGCUAGCGCAGGGGAAGCUGGCUGCGAACCUCGCGCUCAAGUACCAAGUACAGCACUUUAUCUACGCCUCAUCCGAGCAAGGGGGGGACUCAGAAUCCGGCCCCUCCCCCUCGCACGUAGCCAAGAUGGUCAUCGAGCAGCAUAUCAGAGAGCUCGGACGUCAAUACCCUGGGUUCAGGUGGACGAUCCUUCGCCCGGCGUUCUUCUACGAGAACUUCGACGGUGUCCUCGGCGCAGUGAGCGAGACGCUCCUAGCGAGCAGCGUACAGAAGGGUACGAAGAUCCAGAUGGUUGCGAGUGAGGAUGUAGGCCCGGUGGCAAGGGCGGUGUUCGAGGCUGGAGAGGAGUAUAUGGGGAAGAGUAUGACUGUUUGUGGGGACUGCUUGAGCCCGCAGGAGGUGAAUGCCGUGCACAAGAAGGUUACAGGACGGCCGUUGAGUCGCAUCCCUGGGUUUAUAGGGAGUGCGUUGUAUGGGAUGAAUGCACACGCGAAGAAUCUGGUGAUGCAUAUGGAGCGUGUGCACCAGCUGCGCCUGCAAGACCCAGCGGGGUACACCGCCAAUGGGGACGCGGCGAAGCGCGCUUACCCGGGAAUGCUCACGUUCGAGAGCUGGAUGUUGAGCAAGGGCAAGGUGCGUGGGGGGAAGAGGGAGAAAGGAUGGAAUAACCUUACUAUCAAUGAGCUUGUUAAGGGGACCACUUGA